UCGACCAAUCAGAGCUGUGUGCGUUCAGGACGACAACAACCCGCUGAGCGGCGGAAUGCUAGCGGACCGCUGGUCCGAAACACGGAUUCAGACGCGGGUUUCGACUGAUUUCUGUUCGGGGUUAGUUCAUUUAACCCGACCCGGUCCAGUAGAACUGUUCUGGGGUUCUGACUGAGUUCCGCCCGGGUCCUUCCCGAGCUGUUCGCAUCCCGCAGCGCCUGUUAGCAUGCCGGUUCUGGAAUGCUAGCGAUGUUCAAGAAUGUGUUCGGUUCGGGAUUCCUGGUGAGGACGGCCCACGUGGUUCUGACCUGGAUCAUCACGCUCAUCCUCUUCCUGUAUGACACAGGUGAGUCCGUCCGUGGUUUUCCAGGUUUUCCAGGAGUUCCAGGUUUUCCAGGUCAGGACUCUCUUGUUUCCCCGGCAGAGCUGAGGAAGCAGGAGGAAACGGGCCAGCUGCUGCAGCCGGUUCUGUUCGUCCUGCUGGUUCUGGUGUCGGUUCUGCUGUACUUCGCGGUGUCGCUCAUGGAUCCGGGAUUCAUUCUGACUGAGGACAGCGACCUGCAGUUCACUCUGGGAGGAACGGAGGAGCAGCAGGAUAUGAUCCCGUCCAGCACCAAGUGGCUGCGUCAGCGCCGCUGCGGCCGCUGCCUGCUGCAGCAGCCAAUGAGGUCCAAGCAUUGCCAGACGUGUCAGCACUGCGUGCGGCGCUACGACCAUCACUGCCCGUGGAUCGAGAACUGCGUCGGCGAGCGGAACCACCGCUGGUUCAUCCUCUACCUGGCGCUGCAGCUGCUGGUGCUGCUGUGGGGGCUCCGCGUCGCCUGGACGGGCCUGGGCCACGCCCCCUCCUGGUCGCCGUGGCUGCGCUCCAACGGCGUGCUGCUGGCGGUGUGCGGGCUGCUGGCGCCGCUGGCGCUGGUGGUGCUGCUGCUGCUCGGGUCGCACCUCUACCUGGUGUCCAUGAACGCCACCACCUGGGAGUUCAUGUCGCGCCACCGCAUCUCCUACCUCAAACACUGCGGCGCCGACCAGAACCCGUUCGACCGCGGCGCCGCCCGCAACCUGUGGGGCUUCUUCUGCCAGUGGGGCAGCGUGGUGUGGGAGCAGGCCUACUUCAGGGAGGGCAGCGACCCGGUUUAGGUUCCGCUCACGGGGUCGGAUCACCGGCGCCGGUUCUGCCAGCCCGUCGGUCUGGACCGACCCGGAUCACGUUCUGGGAAAUCAGGACUGAAGUUGUUUAAGGUCCGAAUGUUGGACCAGAUGAAGACUCUGAUUCUGACGACGGAUGGUUCCGACCCGUCUGAGCGGAACAAACGGACUGCAGAGUUCUGAUCUUCCUCUGACCAGAACUUCUGCCUUGACCUUUCACCUUCACCCAUCAUGGGCUGUAGAAGAGUUCAGGUUCUGAUGGUUCUGUUUACAUGUCGGUCUGGGUCGGGUUUCCGGGCCGCCCCGGUUCCUGCUCUUCCUCUCCUUGGACCGCCGUCUUCAGUCUGGUUGCCGUGGUUCCCGACCCACAUGGAAGGUCAAAGUUCAGAUCCGGGGCCCUUGGUCGGGGCCCGUCCAGCCUGUGGAGCCGUCCGCCAUGCAGAUGGUUGGUUUGGGCUCAGCUUGUUCUGGGGACCAGAGGGACUGGUUCUGAUGGUUCUGAUGGUUCUGAUGGUUCUGGUGGUUCCGGUGGUUCUGGUGGUUCCGGUACCAGUGGACAGGAGCUGAUUAGACCAAUAAACACCGAAACAGGAAGUGAGCCGGAGCUCAAACCUGUGACUUCCUGUCAGAA